UCCAUAUACGCGAAGAACUUCCUGUCCUUGAACAGUGUUCUAGAAGCUGUUAUUAUUGAUGCAUUUGUGCUCCCAGGCACAAACAUCCACAUGCUUACAUUAGGGGAUUAUUGGAGUUCCAAUAUCAUAGAUGUUUAUCUACACCGCAGAAACAGAAGCAGAACCCAAGAGCAGAGAAGAAUCAGAGAAUGGCAACUAUGACUGGUGUGAGCCUUUCAUGCCCCAGGGUUUUCUUCAACGCAUCAGGCUCACCGCAAAACGCGCAUGCUGUAAAGUUCUCUUUUAUUGUAUUUUGUCCAGCAGAUUCUAUGACUUGACAGGACUGCAGAAUGGAAUUCUGAAGCGAGGGAGAGAGAUUUUCCUCACUGGUUGCUACCUCCGAACUCCCACUGGAGGUUCUGGACAUUCACGUCUUUUGCCAACAGAGUAUCUUGUGAUUCUAUUGGAUGAAGACUUCCAGAAGGAAAUUGUUAAAGCAGCAAAAACAUUUACAGCUAUAGGUUAUAAGCAUAUUGAAACAGAUUCUAGUGCUGGGAAGGAAGAUUCGAAUGCAUACUCAGCAAAAUCUCAAAUAAAAUCCUUCAGGCUGAUGUAUUGCUGUUUCUUUUGGGCCUGCUUCUUAAUAUAUGCACCUCCUGUUGAUUGACUUCUGACUGCACCCCUGAAUUGCUAUCAUUUUGGCACAAAGGAGAAGAUGAGCCAGCUCAUGAGUGGUUGAAACACAUCAGGGAUGAAUUGAAACUGUGAGCAAUGCAUGUUGUCUGUUAUAUAGUAUAUAUGUAAUGGAACACGUGACUUUCUACAUUUUGCAUGGUCGCAAGACACUGUGGAUGUGUUGAUCGAGCCUUGAAUAGUGGGUCAAUCAAUAUGUUUUCCUCCGCUCUUAAGGGAAAAGAUAAACACUCUUUUGUGCAUUUUUACUUUUAGAUCUCUAUAUUAAGAGAUAUUUUACUGGCCAAUUGAUAUCGUUGAGAUAUUCUCAUGUUUGUCUAUUGAAAAUCUUGGAUAUUUGGAUGUAUCGAAAUUGUUGCCUAAGAGAGUCAACCAGAGGAAACACAAAGCUAAUUUUUCUUGCCUAAGAUCUUAUCUAGAGUAGAUAUUAAUUUUUUUGGAAGGAAAUGAAAAGGAGGAAGUGGAAGGAAUUUUAUGAAAUUUUGUAAUUAGGUUUAGUUUUUAAAAGGAGAGGAGAAAGAAAUACAAGGGAGGGAGUGGAAAAAAAAUAUUAUUAAUUUUAUUGUUCUCUUUUAAUAUUGGAAAACUUCAUAACAUAGAAAAAUUAAUAUUCUAAACAUUUUAAUAGUAUAAAGGAAAAAUAUAUUUUGACACACAAAUGUUAAUAAACACCUAAUGUGAGAGAGAUAGAUAUAGGUAUGAUAGAUAAUAUAAUGUGAUAGAAAGAAAGAUAAAAAGAAAUGAAAAUUAUUGAUAAUGUAUGAAAUAUUAAAAUAUCAAAACAUCAAUAAUACUCUGGAUUAAAACUCAUUAUUAUUUAAGUUUUAAAAUUUAAAAUUAUAAAAAUAAGAAAAUAAAUAAUUUUUUAAAAUUUCUUUCCUUUCCUUAUUAACUAAAUAAAGUAUUUAAUUAAAAUCUCCUUUCUCUCCUCUGUUAAAAUCACUUACAUUCCCUCCUCUCUAUUCAAGGAGUCUCGAGAAGCUAUUGUUAUACUUUUAUUUCUUUUUAAUAUAAAUUAGUAACCAUCAAUAUAAAACCUCAUGAGUGAUUGAAUCUAAUGAGUUUGACACAAAGGAAAAGAUGAGCCAGCUCAUGAGUGGUUGAAACACAUCAGGGAUGAAUUGAAGAUGUGAGCAAUCCAUGUUGUCUAUUAUGUAGUAUAUAUGUAAUGAAACACGUGACUUCCUGCAUAUUGCAUGUUUGCAAGACACCGUGGAUGUGUUGAUCGAGCCUUGAAUAGUGGGUCAAUCAAUAUGUUUUCCUCCUCUCUUAAGGGAAAAGAUAAACACAUGAGUGGGAAAAUACAUGAGUGGUUGAAACUAAUGGCAGUUAGGUACAAAGAAAAAAAAAAAAGAGGUAGCUGUUUACUUGUACGAGGACGUGUUCGGUGUGGGAAAAUACAAGGAUUUGGGAAACUGAUGGCAGUUAGGUACAAAGAAAAAGAGGUAGCUGUUUACUUGUACAUGGAAGUGGAGUGUGACAAAUGCAAUAUGGGAUUUGAGAACGAGGCCCUUAACGUCAGACAUCAAUCAUUACAUGUACCAUUCAAUGUGCCUUCUGUUAUUUUUUCUAUUCCGUUUCUUCUUGGCCAUCGUUUUUCUCUGUGCAUUACUGCACUGUAAGAUGCAUUUGUCUCAGCCGUCAUCAGGGAUGAAUUGAAAUUGUGAGCAAUGCAUGUUGUCUGUUAUAUAGUAUAUAUGUAAUGAAACACAUGACUUUCUGCAUAUUGCAUGGUUGCAAGACACUAUGGAUGUUGAUCGAGCCUUGAAUAUGGCAGUUAGGUACAUGGUUGGCUUGCAUUGCCGAAACAAUUGUUGUGAUACCUAGCUAGCAAAUAAUUCCUUUACAUUUGAUGGAUAAUUAAUAACUUUCGAGAUUGUUUAACUCUUUUGUUUGUGCUCACGCUGGUUUGGAAUCAAAUGUUUGACAAAAAAAUAAAUAAAAUAAUUUAUUUAAUUAAAA